AUGCGGCACCCUCACUCAGUCGAAAAACGGAUUGACCUGCUGUCCAGGCUCAACAAAAUCUUUGAUAACUUCUGGCAGAAACUAGAGGACAGGAGGCACCAGACUGACCCAGCACAGCCGCAGGUACACUCACCUCAACAACAGAUUGCACCUCCGCAGCGAACACCCACGGCCUGGCGAGGACGAAGGCUCCCAUCCCUCCGACAGCGGAUGGCACGCAAGCGGAAACUACUCCAAGCCAAAGCCAGGACUCAAAGUGCCCAAGAAGCGCCAGAGGUGGCUUAA